AUGAAUUUGGGUUGGGUUACAAUAUUGAUGAAUCAUGUCGUCAUCUUUCCCCUUAGCACACUGAAGUCCAAGCUCAUUUACACGUUGUGGGGAUUUAGCGUCACGAGGUUGGUGAAGAUCAACUCGACAGAUAUUAAUUAUGAAAGUAUAGUGUACCAUAUCACCCAUUGGCAAAAGGACACGUCAAAAAAAAGUGACCCGUUAGAAGAAAGUAUUAACAAAGAGUUGAAUAACAACGGACCUCAGGUUGACGUUUCGUUACCGAUGGAAGAUACGGAAGGUUAUUUUUCCAAUUUGCACCGUGAGAUCACCAGAACCGAGUCUGAUUUUUCCAUUUUGUACCGUGAGAUCGCCAGAACCGAGUCUGUCGCAAACCAAGAGGUCAUCAGGUGCUAUUACAGGUUCGGGAAGGCUCUAUCAGAGCGACGUGUCCAUUAUGAAAGAACUUAUCAGCCACGUGCGAUGGCUCAAAUUUUAGUUAAUAUGGAGGCAAGAAAACAACUUCCGAACGUUACCAAAGCGGAGUUUAAAAAGAUAAGAACAUUAUCCCAAAAGGUCUACAAAUUAUUUAGCAUUGGCGAGGAAUUGAUAUCACGUGUAUCAUUUACCGUAUCAGACAUUUCGACUCUCAGUUGGAAAAAAAUUGAGAGUAUAAUUAAGAAACAUCUGGAAAAUAGGAGUGGUAAUGUGAUUAUCAUAGUUGACAUUGAUCCGAUUGGGGGAUUAAACUGGCCAAUCAAUGUGAAAUGUGAUGGAAGAGACCAGGAAACUGAUUUUAUAGCAACAUCAAAGUCGUCAGCUGAAUCUAAAUAA